UCGUUAUCUUGAGAGCUGUCACUGUCUUAUUUACAAAGUGCAAUUUGUUUUAUCGUCAUAUCUGUUGGAAGCACAUAAUGGAAAUAACUGAAAUGUUUGUCCUGUUCUUUUGUCUUUUGAUGCAGUUGCCAGGAAUUCAUGCAACCAAUUUUACAAGGCGUGAUCUCCUGGAGUACCUAACAAACAAAACUACGUAUGACCUGAAUUAUCCACCAGGCUAUGAUGAAGGAAACAGAACUGUAGUGAUCGUUCAGCUGGAUAUAUUUGAUUUGACUUCAAUCAGCGAACAAAACAUGGAAUACACAAUAAUGAUGCUUAUGAGGAUGCAGUGGCAAGAUGAACGAUUAGCAUUCAAAGAACUUGCAAACUACAGCCGACUUGAUCUAACAGGGGAAAUGGUCGCACUGGUUUGGACACCAGACCUGUAUAUAAGCAAUGAGAGGAAGGCGGGGGCACAUUCAUUAGUAAAACCUGAAGAGCUUAUUUACAUUAAUCCAGAUGGAGUAGUUACGUUUAGCAAAAGACUUUCGAUGACAAACUUCUGUCGUAUGAAUUUGAUGAAUUAUCCAUUCGACGUGCAAAGAUGUGGAAUUACGAUAAUGAGUUACGCCUUUACCUCGGAUGAAUUGAUGUUGCAAUGGGCCGAUUACAGUGUACAAGCCAAGGGCCUGGAUUUACCAAACUAUGAUAUUGCCGUUGAGAGUGUUACAGAUGGUGUCUUGUCUAAUGGACAAAAGUCAUUGGCAGAGGGUAAUUUCUCCACUUUGACUUUGACAUUGAAAAUUGAGAGAAAGGCUCGAGCGUACGGUUCCAUGUAUUUUGCCCCCUAUCCUGUGUUUUUCAUAAUCGCAAUGACUUCCUUUGGAUUCAAGAACAAAAUAGGUUCUCGGAUCACUGUCUGCACGGCUGGUAUAACAACAUCCGUACUGCAGUGGAUUGCUAUCUAUUCAAGACUCCCUCCAGUUUGGUACCUUACACAUCUCGAUGGCUGGAUCAUCUCUCAUGUUUCUAUCAUUGGAUUUCUCCUAGUGUACCAUGCAUUUUGGUACUUGUAUCUACAUAAGAGUCGCGAAGAACAAGACCAGUUCGAAGAAUUGCUGAAGGAAGUGCAGGAAGGCCGACGUACAGAACAAAGCAUUGAUAACCAAAACGACAGAGAACCAAUCAGAGAUGAUGUGGAUAAUCAAAACGACAGAGAACCAAAAAGAGAUGAUGUGGAUAAUCAAAACGACAGAGAACCAAUCAGAGAUGAUGUAUAUAACCAAAACAACAGUGUGCCAACAUGUGAUGAUGUGGAAAUAAGAGCAGAUAAACGAUACAAAGUUAUUGGACGGGAAAGAGCUGAAAAGUAUAGGACAGAAUUUGCAAAACGUUUGAACAGCAAGACAAAGUUCAUGAAAGCUAUUCGGAAAAACUUGAUAGAGUUUCUCGUCUUUGUGUUAUUUACAGUGGGUUAUACAGGGUUAUUAAGCCUUCUGCUUAUUUGGUCAAGAUCUCAAGAUAAAGUGAUGUGGGUGUACGUGUUGCUUCCAAUCAUCGUUUUCGUUAUCGCAUCAUGUAUCCUGUUUGGCUGUGAAUAUGCAUGUAUGAGGCGCCAAAGAGUGAUCGAAACGUUUCGAACGAAGGUGUGUGCGUUGAUGUACACACGUAUGUAACUAACAUUUUACAUCCAUCGAUACUAUAGAAGACGCUGUAAAUGUUGCUUUCUUAAAACACAGAAGAGGCAGAACGUACUAAAAGAGUAACAAUAACUGAAUACUUGUGUGUUUGAAUGGUAUUUUGAACGAUACUACUAUGAAUUGUCUUAAUGUUACAACUUUGAAAUUUAUGAUAGUUAUAUAAUAUGUUACGUCAAAGGGUAACAAAUGCUUGUUAAAGUAAGUAGAAGUAACAGAAAAACAAACCAGCAACUAUUGACAAUAACAUUAAAUUUUAUUCAUAAAAGUAAUAAUUCAAAUACCUUCAAACAUGUCAAAUAGCCGUCAAAUUCAGUUUUAUAUGUAAUAUUAGUCCGCAUCCUGUCCAGGUCAAAUUUAAAUCAUAAUAUCUACAAUAUUUCACACCAGAUCAAUCCCAGAUCUUUACUGCCAAAAUAACUAUUUAAAUCCGCAGUUUCAAUGUAAAUCCUUCAAAUGUUAAAUAUCGAAACUGGUAAUAUUUUGUUAUUUCGAAAUACAGGAAAGUUUUCAAUAAUACUAUAACUUUAGGUUCUGUGCGUAAGUACCCUAUAUAAUGUAUCAUGGAAGGUGACAGAAUUUUAAUUUAAUACUAAAAAUAAAAAGACCGUUUUGGAAAAACCAAGAACAAUCCUUUUAAAAAGAAUGAUUACACACUAUUUAACGGUAUUGUGGUAAACAUGCUGGAUCACCUUAGAAAAUAUUUACAUGAUGUCUCAAAACCAGGUCAAUAAACACCUAAAAGGGCGGGGGUUGACAUUAUGCAUGACACAUUAUUUCAAACUGAUAUAAAAGGUGCAAAUAAAAUUUGAUUAUGGUUAAAGACACCAUAAACAAGCUGGUGUUGAAUUUUAUAAAGGAAUAUGAGAGAGUCAAUCUGACUAAAGUACUUGAUCUUCUGAACAAAGAUCUGAGAAUGACCCAUUUACAUUCGUCUUUUGUAUAUUUUUGAUUUACGAUAUUGGUAUUUUUAUUUUCGUAAAUCUAUCUAUAUUUGAAUCAAUUAGACGACUUGUUUCAACAAGCAUUUAGCUGAACCAUAUAAAUAGCGUCGAAAGUCGAAGAGUGGGAAAAAUGUGCAGUCAGUCCGGGGUUCGAACCCGGUCAGGGCGAGUGCCCUACCGACUGAGCUAACCAGCUGUCUGACAUCUUACGUUACCAAGUCCGUACCAUGACAUAUGAUUUCUCUCAAAACACGAGGGCGUAGUCGCGAUUUGGUCGUCAUACAAAACAUUUAAAGAUGAAAACCCCAGGCUAAGUAUAAAUUUUUUAAACUUCUACUUUCACAUAAAAAAAAAUUGUAAGGUUCUGACUGGCUAGCGGAAGGGUAGUCGAGACUAUCAAUAGCACGUCUUCAGAGCCUAAGCAUAACGUAAUUGUAGAUGUACUCCAGUCAGAUUGAUGAGAGAGUUAUUGGCUUUUCGAUGUUCUAGAGUUUGUUUAUCAUUUGUGAUACACUGCUGAUGAAAUCAUAAUUAUUACAAAUAUACCUGGCCGCAGCUCUCUGGACACUUUCGAUCUUAUAGGUAAGAUGUUUUUUCAAGGGUGCCAAACAGCUGAGCAGUACUCCACUUAUGGCCCACAUUGUAAUGUAAGCAGCUUCUUUUACCUCUCUAUUAGAUGUUUUGGUGUUUCUUUUGAUAAAUCUGAGUGAAUUGUUACCUUUUUCCGUGAUGUUGUUUAUGUGCUGGUUCCAGUUUAAAUCCUUAGAAAUGGUCACCCCUAGAUAAUUAGCUGAAUCAGUGGUUUUAAGUGUGGUGUUAUGCAGCGUGUAGGGGGAAAUAACAGUAAUGUCUGUUUUGUAUUCUAUAUAUCUACAAUGCAACUGCAAUGGAAAUGUUUUAAAAAGUUAAUUAAGGAAGAACUUUAUGUCAUAACUGCCGCGAAAACUGAUGACAAAUUAACUUUAUAUAUCAUUGGACAGAUGCGGAAAUAUAAUAUAAAUGAUGAUAAUAAUGAUAAUUAUGAAUAAACUUGAUAUUUUCUUUUCGCUACAUUAAGGGAAAAACUUGAGCUUUUAAAGAAUAAGAAGUAAAUAUAGCAAGUAUUAAAGAGUCAAUCAUGUAACGUAUUUUCCUGUAUUUCGAAAAUGUCGGUGCGACAGCUUUAUUUCACUUAAAGUAAAUCAAUGUUAUAGAACAUUUUUCCAGGGUGAGAUAAUAGCUUGUUUAAUCAUAAUUUGGACCUACUUUACUCUUAGGGUGUGUUCGAUUUGGUCAAGCGGGAGUACACUAGUGUUACACUCGCGCAUGCGCAGUUUACUGUCGAAUCGAACAGGCUCGAGUCGGGUAGAGUUGAGCGUAAAUACAGAUGAUUUUUUUAAAUCAAAAUGACGCAUCUACAUUAAUUCGAUAAAUUUGCAUUGUUUCUCAACAUCAGUUUCGAUGCAAAUAUUAAACUUUACUUACAAUCGGUAGAGUUUUUGUUAAAUGCUAACCUUGCGGAAGGAGCAUAUUCUUGAACUGUGACCUCGACACUAGUGUUGCACUAUUCGCGUUCGAUUGGCGGUAGCGUGAAAAAUCCGCUCGAUUCUACCCGAAUCGAACACACCCUUAAUGACUGGCUUGAGGGCAAAUAGGUCACACUUCCUAUCAAUGACUUAAUAACAGGCGCUGGUGUCAUAAAUAGAUACUAUUUCUAUUAUUUUCUUUUUUCUUAAAAUUAUAGUACUAUGUAUUAACUGUGCUUCAACAUGUUACAUGUAUAUAUAUGUUAUGCUACCUGUUUCGAUUCGCCUAACAGAUAUGAUUUUGAUUUUUGUUAUGUCUCAGUUUCUUUAAUGCAAAAUAAAAAGAAGAUAAUAAAGAUCAUAUAUUCAGAAUAAAGUAACGUAAAUCUAUC